GAAGGGCCGAUACUCAAGUGGAGCGAUGAGGUCGGGCACGCUGGCGUGCUUGCUCGCGGUGGCGCUUUGCCUAGCCAUAAGCCGGGUGGACAGCCGGGGCAUAGCGGUGGAGCGGCUCGGCGAGCUGCUGGACCUAGAGCCCGCGGCCUCGCACCACCACAAGGGCCACCAUCACGAGGAGGGCCACGGCGGCGAGUCCCACGAGGAUCACCACUCGGAGCACGGCGACAAGGGCCACAAGGGCUACAAGAACCACCACGAGCACCACAAGGGCGAGAAGGGCCACCACGACAAGGAGGGCCACCACCACCACUACGACGAGGACGGCGGCCACAAGAAGCACCACCACCACGACGACGGCUACCACCACGAGCACCACAAGGGCGAGAAGGGCGAGAAGGGCCACAAGUUCCACGAGAAGGGCCACUUCGGCAAGGGCCACAGCACCAAGGGCCACCACGAGGUGCACAAGCUAGACGAGUUCAAGAAGGACAAGGAGUUCUACGACGAGCACCACGACCACGGCCACCACGAGGACCACGGUGGCCACCACCACGAGCACCACCACAAGAAGGGCGGACACCACAAGAAGGGCCACCACCACAAGGGCCACCACGAGGGCCACCACGGCAAGAAGGGCCACCACGAGAAGGGACACCACCAUCACGAUCACAAGGGCCACAAGAAGGAGGGCGGCGGCCACGACCACCACCACCACCACCACAGCUACGGCAAGAAGGGCGGACACGAGGACCACAAGCACUGGCACCACAAGAAGGGACACUGAUCUCCCUCCUCGCGAUUCGUCUGCCAAAAGCAUUCGACUACGUUCCUGCCGCGACAUCCACACUUUUAUAUCAUUA